AGUGAGGGCGAGAGAGCAGAGAUGGAAUCGGAGAGUGCGAGUGUGAAAUGAAAUGUGUGUGUGUGUGAUUGAGUGUGUUGCUACUCUACUGCGACUAGCAAUGCUUUUGGCAGUAGUCUACGGGGCCAAUGGACCCGUCCGUUCAUCUAAUCUCCUGUGAUAUCCUUAUAGGUUCCUGAUGAGCAGAUGAACACCAUAAGGAACAACAGAGGUAGAAAACUCACUCAGACAACUCACUCAACAGGGCAAACUUAACUGAACCCCCUCCGACGAGAAAAAUAGGCCCCACUCCCUCCGACGAUUCGAAACAAAAAACGCACAUGAGAGGGAGCGAACACAGCAGACAAACCAUGAAAAAGAUAUAUGUCGGAAAAACGGCCCUAAAAGUUUCCCGAAAUGGCAGUAAACAUCAGAAAAAGAGCUCUUUGCAGGAGCAGAAGGAGGACCUCCGGAAGCGUCUGUCCUACACCACCCACAAGCUGGAGCUGCUAGAGAGCGAGUUUGACUCCACACGCCAGUACCUGGAGACAGAGCUACGUCGCGCCCAGGAGGAACUCGACAAGUUCACAGACAAACUACGCAGAAUACAAAGCAGCUACUCAGCACUGCAGAGGAUCAACCAGGACCUGGAGGAUAAGAUCCAUAGAAAUUCUCAGCACCAUGACGACGAGAAGAGAGCCCUGAGCAGAGAGAUCAUCGUGCUCAACAACCACCUGAUGGAAGCCAAGCUGACCAUUGAGAAACUGAGGGAGGACAAUGAUCUGUACAGGAAGGACUGUAACCUGGCUGCCCAGCUACUCCAGUGCAACAAGUCCCACUACAGGACCCAGCUUUCUGAGUUGCCGGCUGAAUUCCAGGAACGCGUGACCAUGCACAUGGAGGGCACACCUCUCUGCCACACUGCCUAUGCCGAUUCUGUCCCUGCCUCCGUCAUCGCCAAGGUGCUGGAGAAGCCCGACGAGGCCUGCAGCGGCAGUCAAGCCUCUAGCUCACCUAGCCCCCAGCCCCAGGACCAAGGCUUCCUCCUGGACACCCUGGACAGAGGUGAGCGCCUGGGCCUCCGGGCAGCCUACAAGUCAGACCUGUAUAGCAGUGACACAGCUCUGUACUGCCCGGUCGAUCAGAACCGUGAGCGCAGGCCAAGUAUGGACCUCCAUGGCCAGAGAAAGCUGCUCUACGGGCCCCAGAACUCCACAGAUAGUAACCCAGAGGAGGGUCCCUUGUUGGGGCUGAGGUCGGGCUUCUCCCAGGAGUGCUUUGCCAAGUUCCCCACCUCUCUGGGCCCCGCCUCAGGCAGCUCCUACUCCAGCUUCAGCGGAGGGGGCUCGGACGAAAACAAGGGCAACGGCCCACCGAGCAGCACGGCUUCCUCUCCCCACCACCACUCCCUCUACAUGGACUGGAGGAAUGGGGGAGACUAUGAGAGGAAGAGUGACUCCUCCUGGGAGAGGGACAGUCCCGGCGGGGGCGGCUUCGCCAAGGUCCACGCUGUCUUCCAGCAGGCCGGCGGAGCACACCACCAGAACGGCAGCUCGCCUGUCUACAGCCGCACCAUGUCCUCGUGCUUCAGCGAGCCCUACGAACCCCUCCCUCGUUCCUCCUCGCCAAGCGUCGUCUAUGGAGACAGCCGCCGCGGCAGCACACUGGCGCCCGAGGAGGAGGAGCUGAUUGGCCGCUGGAGGCAGCUGAGUGUGGAGGACCUAAGCGCCCACUCGUACCACUCGCCCGGCCGGGCCUCGCCCUACAGCUUCUCCGAGCAGCACUUCUCCGUUCGGCCCGCCAAGAUCCGCCUGGGACCCCUCUACAGCAGCUUCCAGGAAGGGGCAGACUUCUACCACCAGGCAGGGGUAGGACCCAUCAUGGAAACCCCAGUGUGCUUCUCCACGCCCAGCCCCCAGUGUAGCCCUGUGGGGGGCCUCCGUCAGUCCCAUCCGUCCCACAGCCAGCAGGCCCACCAGACCCAUCUCUACCGGGGAAAGGAGGACAGCCAGGAGUCGGAGCACAGCCUCUACCACUCAGCAAGCUCCAAUGACAGGGAGGGCAGUGUCGGUGUAGCAGGGGCCGAGGGAGGAGGUGGAGGGCAGAACAAGGAGUACGAGGACGUCAGCCCUAACAGCUCCACUGAGUCCCUAAACCAGAGGUCCCUGGAGAUGGCUGCUGAGCUGCAGCAGCACUACCAGACCGAGAUGCAGCAUCCAUCGCCCCCCGAGGGCAGUCCACCACCGCCCCCGCUACCACCUUGUCCCCCUCCCCCGCAAUACCAAACAUUUGGCACGUUAGGACUCUCCAGAAAGGACAGUCUCACCAAAGCCCAGCUGUAUGGAACACUUCUGAACUGAGAGAAGAAGGGAUUCUCGUCCUCUGACUUAGUGGUCUUUCUCUUUCUUCAUCUCUUUCCCUGGUGGGAUGUGAGGUGAGAGGUCUUGGUGAAUCCAGCAAGCCGUUCAGUUGAAGGACAUUCAUUUUGAUAGGACAUUUGGACGAUACAGUAGGUUAAGCAUGAAUUCAUCAGAUUGUUGCCACAGCUGUGAAAAACUGACAAAAGUGUGGUUCGCAUCACUACAAUGAAUGUGUAAGAUUGUCUGGGUCAGGUGAAUUGACAAUUCAUUACUGUGCCAAAGUGAGUGAGGACUAUAGGAAAAGACUCUGCUACCUUUGGUACAUUUGGUACAGAAAAUAGUAUUUUGAGGUACCAGAGAACACAGUUGCUCCAUGUGGAUGAAGGAAGUAUUUAAAGUAACUGUUGAAAUAUAUAAAUAUAUUUAAUUACAACUACAAUAAUUGAGUGUUCAAAGACAUAUUUUGUUUGUAGCUGCAUUCAAAAGAAAAUAUAAAACUGAUGAUUGUAAAGAAAUGACUACAAUUCAAUCAGAUGUGGACACCAACACAUUGUAAAUAUGUCUGGUUAAGAGCAUCUGCCAAUCAAAGAGAGAUAGUUGGAAUGUUAAAGAAGACCGUCAAAAUUGCACAUUAAGAUUUGUUUAAUGUCAAUCACAGGCUGAAUACUGAAUACUGUGUUGCAUUUGUGCAGAGUAAAAUAUAUAUGACAAUGGGGCAUGGGUUAAAGUUGCAGUACCAUACAGUAUAAGAGGUGCCUGGGGAAUGGGUUAAAGUUGCAGUACUAAGAGAUGUUUUUACUCAAAAAUAGAGAUGCCCCUAGCCUAAACCCGUUUGAGUGCAGCUCCAUUGAUUCGUUCGGUUUUUGCUUUGACACGAUUUUAAAUACCCAGAGCGCUUAAAGAGACCGUUCGAAGUAUGUAUUAUUUUGUUACUGAUGGACUUCUUUUGAGAUGUAAACAUUUGUCUUACCCGUUGAUGUUAUUUUUGCUCUAUAACCCUUGGAGACAUUUUCCUGUCCCACUCUACCUCAGAUUCCCAUGCCCAUACGCCCAUCAAGCAACCACAAAUCUGUUUCUAUCACACAAUGAUGCAUGUUUCUAUAUUUCUGUUGUGUUUCAUUUAACCUAAUAAAGCACAAACUACACAUUUA